GGAUGCAUAUUCUUUGAUAUUUCUGAACCCUCAAAAAUAAAAAAGAAUUCUCCCCAACAGGCAACGACUCAAAAUAAAAACCCAAAAAAAUCAAGAAAGGGGAAGGGACAAAGAAGCAGAGGCAGUCGCCAUGGCCGUCAUCCCGCCGGCUACAGAGUUCGGAGAUCUAUGCGACGAAAUCGCCGAAACCAUCUUCUCUUUCGUCCCCCUGAAAUCCCUAGCGAAGCUGGAGACCGUUUCCAAAUCAUGGUGGCAGUUGAUUGCCAGAGUCCGGCUGCACCACCCGCCCGCCACCGACUCCGGUCCGAGGCGCCGGAAUCUCUCAAAAAUCGGUCUUCUUGAAGCUCCACUACCCCCACAACGCCGAGCUCUGCACCGUCGACUCCUCCGCCCCGAACAAAUUCCCCUUCUUGAUCGAUUCAUGCAACGGGUUAAUCCUCUACGGCGCCGUGGACGACAAAAAGACUUGGAAUUACAUCGUACAUUCCCAGGUUUCCGACCAAUCCAUAGCCCUCCCUCCCUCGAACUCCGUGUACAGACCCGCAUUCGUCGCACUGGCCUUUGACCCGAGGAAGAACGCCCAAUUCAAAGUCGUGGGCUUUUUCUGGAACGAGGUGAAUCCCCUCUCCAUUUCUGUGAACUCUAUGAUUUUCAGGUCUGAAUCUUGGGAGUGGAUGCAGAAACAGGGGAAGCUCUUGAAUUCGGGUCUGAUUUCCGAAGAGGGCUUCGUGUUUGGACAAUGCUUUGGCCCUGCAAUCUAUAUGAACUCAAGAUUACAUCUGAUAUGGUGCUUCUGUCUCUUAAUCUUUGAUGAAGACGACGAUGAAUUCACAGUUUUGCCACUCCCAAGAAACCCCAAUGGAUCAUCAUAUUCAUACCACAAUCCCUGCCACCGCUCGCUAUGGGAAUCGGAGGGCAAACUGAAUCUUUGUGACCCGGAUGAACACGGGUUCCGAAUCUGGGAGUUCAGCAACAACACCCAUGAAUCAUUAUGGAAAUUGCGUCGGUUUGUGGUUCUGGACGAUUUAAUUUCAGAAACGAGGAGGGAGACGGGGGUGAGAGUGACUGUGGGGAAUUCCAUAAGGUCCUCUGGGUUGAAUGAGGAUUUGCAGAUUCUGUAUAUUCAUGUGGUUGUGUGCAAGAAAAUCGUAGGGUACAGCUUUUAGACUAAGAGGGUUGUGGGGGUUUGGUCCUAUGGAGAUAUGGGAGAAGAUUUCCAGCUUCGUACAUCCAUUGGAAACAACUAUUAGAAGAAGGGUAUUGUCGAAGGCUUCUUCUGGCAGCCGCGCUUCACACAGCGCAGAUCGGAGAGGGAAAAGAGAGGGAGUACUCUAUCGACCAGAAUGAAAACAGAGAUGACGGGCAGACCUUUAGGAAGAGCGCAUCUUGAGGGAGAGGUAAAGGUGAACGUCGUGGUUGCAGGAGUACAAUCAACAAUUCUUCAUCUUUCUCAACAUUGGCCCGGCGGCUACGGUACAUUUCUAUUUUUUUUCAUCAAAUUCAUAUAGAAACUCUCAAAUUAAGAAUAGCUAAGGGCACAACUUGGUGGUGAUUGACAUGCUAAAUAAGAGGUGCAUUUCUUUGUUUCAAUCUCUUUAAUCCCUUUGAUGCACUUCCUACGGGUGGCAGAGCUGGGCUACGCUCGCAACACCACCUGGCUUGCUGGAUUUGGGAUUGGCUUUGGUCUCUGGUAUCACAUAUUUCAUUUCUAGAAUUUUACAUCCGAGCAUAUCUAACAUUGCUUCUAAGUAUCUAUUAUCUAACAUGGCAUGAAAGGCUAACGGUGAAGGUUUAAUGAUUUGGGUGUAAUUGGCUACCACUCACUGUAUCUCCCCUUAUAUAUGCCGUGUUUUUAGCCGACUUCUUUCAGGUAGGUACAAUGAUCUAAUUUUUUUCUUCCCAAUGAAGAAUGACAUUCUUAUAUCCACUUUGAGCUUCAUCUGUCACUUGACUCACCUCUAUACUAAUCGUUGUUCUAUUUGGGGGCAACAAACAAUUUAGGAAGAAGAUUGGCUUUUGGAGGAGGCAUACUAUUCGGAGAUGAAAGACGCGGGGUUCAUUGAUGCAGAUUGGAAAUAGUAUUUUACGCGUUGUGAUCGCCUCAUUGUCUAUGUACUUUGUGAAUAUUUCCACUCAUGUGAACUGUCCACAACCCCGUCCUGGAAACGCAGUGGGGGCAAAGAUCUUCCUCUUCGGUGAUUGUGUGUAAACAGACCGUUCUUCUUUUAGAGAUGCUAAGAAUGUAGAAACUGUAAGGUUAAUUCUUGGGGAGCAACAUCACCCGCAUCAGCGAGUAGAUCUACUGGUCUUCUUCUUCUUUCAACGUGGUAGCAAGGUAAUGCUUUCUAUUCGAGUUUUAUUCAAUUUUUAAAAAAUUCUUUCAUACUUUGUGGUAUAUAUGUAACUUUAUAUAUUUUUGCACUUGAUAUUUCAAUUAUUCUCUAAUAAUUAUCUUUAUUUGAAUGCAUCAAUCUACAGUUUUGAGUGUAUUACAUAAGCUUACCUAAGAUCAAGAGCAAAUAGAGUGGGGUAAUUUAAAUUAGUGUUACACUGUCAAUUUAUUUGUUCUUAUUUUGAUAGGUUACCGCGAGUAUACUAUGAAUGUGCCUGAAAUUGUUUGUAGUCUAGGUUCUGUUUGGGAAGGCUGCAUUGGCAUAUCUGCAGUGAAGGUUUGAAUUAUGUUAUUGAUGAAUCCUAGUUUUAAUCAUGUUAUUGAUGAAUAAUGUGUCUUCAAACCUUCAUUUUCAUGUAGUUAUUCUUUGGGUGUUGUUAUUUUUCUCAGUCAAUGAAUGAGCAAAAGAGAGAAAUGAAGUUGAUGGACCGUGAAGCUACAGUUUCCUCCUAUGUAGGUGGUUCGAAAAGACUCAAAUAUUGUUGGUAGAGAAGGCAUCCCUCUUCAGGAAGGAUCAGAAAAGGUAAUACAAUAGGCGUAACUUU